CGUUAGCUUUAGCCUCAGCUAGCGGAGCGACGCAGCAGCAACAACUGACAAUUCAGAGAGGAAGAGGAGUUCACUUUGACCCGGUUCACUUCACCUUGAAGAACAGACUCCGCCUCCUUCUUGGUCUUGACUCACCUGCCGAGGCGGCGGCUCCACUUGGUGCCGUCAUGUCUCAGAAGUCGCUGCUGGACGGGGGUCCGAAGCACUUCGCCGUGGGCCGGGGGCUCCUGGCCGCCGCAGAGACCUUGAACUUCAGCAUGAACGAGCAGCGCUCCAGCCGUCAGAUGGGGGGCAUGUCCUCGGGUGUGGGGGGGGGCGGCGGUGGCGCAGAGGGCCAGGAUGGCGGCGCUCAGAUGCCGCGGCGAGGCAACAAUCUUGGCAGCACCAUGAAGCUGUUUGCCAGUUUGGGUCUGUCCCCAUCAGACCUGGACGCUCUGGCUGAGAUCCCGGAGGAGGAGAUCAGCGUGGAGACGCUGCCCCACCUCCUCCUGCAGCUCAAGAGCCGCAAGGGGGAGGCUGGAGAGCGGCGGGGGGGCGCGUCCAACAUGUCCUCCAUGUCCUCUGACUCUGUGUACCGCGGCGGCAGGGACAGCUGGGACAAGGUGCACAUGGGCAGGAGCGGCGGCCCGUCUCUCGGGGGGGGUUCGGCCCGGGCGCAGUCAGACUUCGGCUUCAGUCCCGUGCAGGACGUCUCCGGCCGCGGCUACGGCGUGAGCUACAGCAGCGGGGGGGCGAGCAGAGAGAGGCCGUAUUCUGAGCUUUCCCACCACGACUCCUACGGUGGACUUGGCAUGGGGCCGCCGGCGUCCGAACCCGUCUUUCUGCAGCGGAGGAUGGGCUCGCCGUCCAACGGGAAAGUCCAAGACUUCUUGGGAGUCGCCCCCCCCAUGUUCCCCCAUGUGUGCUCUCUUUGUGACUUUGACGUUCAUUCCACCAUGGAGUGGAACCAGCAUGUUAACGGACUGCGACAUGCUGAGAACAGACGUGUGCUCCUGGACAUGUAUCCAGAGUGGGACCCCGCCAUGUCGUCAGGCAGAGGGGGGGGUUCUCUGGAGACCCCCAACCUGUCAGCUGGACUGCUGGGACCCGCCCCCAUGUCUUCAGCCCGGGCAGCAGGAGGGACGUCCUCCAGCUGGGGAGGAUCUGGUUUGUCAGGAAAGAACCAGCUGGGACAGAACAAGCUGAGGAGCCGAGUGGUGGUGGUGAAAUACGCCAGGAAGCCUCUGAGCAACAAGACUCUGUUUGCCUUCACCGAGCCGUUCGGCUGCCUGAGGGAACAUCUGGUCCUCAACAACAAGGCGUUCCUGGAGAUGAGCAGCCACGAGGAGGCGCAGGACAUGGUGAACUACUACGACCAGCAUCCUGCGGCGCUCUACGGGAAGCCGCUGACCUUCUACCUGUCCAGGAGGCUCAUGGUCAUCGAGAAGGAAGGUCAGUCGGCGGACACCUUGAUGGACAUGCCCAUCAGGGAGGUCAAAGGUCACGGCAGCCAGGUGGUUUUCUUCUCCAACCUGCCCAGAGAGGAAGAGAAGAAGAAGGAGCUGCUGACCAUCGCUGGACGCUUUGGCAUCGUGGAGAAACACCUGUUUCUAACUGACCAGGCGUUUGUCCAGCUGGGGACGCCGCAGGACGCAGAGAUGCUGGUGAAGUAUUACAGCGUGAACCCGCUCACCAUCAAGGGCCGGCCCAUCCGCCUCAACAUCUGCGCCAAGUACAAAACACUGAAUGUGAACCGCCGGCAGGCGGGGUCUGCCGGAGAGGGGCGGGGCCAGAGGAACGCCUCCUCUGGAUCCAGGACCUCCUCCAACUCCAGAACGUCCUCGUCCAGUGCCAGGACCAGAGAGGAGGAGAAGAAGGAGCAGGAGGAGAACAAGGCCAAGGCUGAGGAGAAACCUGCUGAGGAGGAGGGGGUGUCUGGAGUGAUGGAGGGGGAGGAGCCGGUAACCGAUAGAGACGAGAAGGCGGAGACAGGGGAGGAGUCUUCAGGAGGUGUUCGGGAGGUGAGGAGAUGCUGAACAGAAACAAACAUGGAGGAUUAACAGGAAAGUUAUUUCUGAAAAUUAAAUUGGUGACGUUCGCAGGUCCCUGAUGAUGUCACUGAUGAUGUCACUGAGCAAACACCUGAGCCGGUGGGCGGGGCAGAAGGUGAGGCCAAGCAGGGGGCGGAGUCAGACGGAGCAACGGAACCAACUGAAACCCAAGAUCCCACCGAGGAACACCAGAUCAAGAAAGAACCGGUGACAGAACCCGGCGAGCGUUCCGAGGCGCUGGAGGAGGAGGAGCCUGCUGACGAGCUCGACCAGGACUUCAUGGAGAACAUGGAGGACUUUGUGACGUUGGACGAAGUCGCAGAAGACGAGGACGAAGAUCUCCGCGACUCGGACGCCACCGACAACACGAGGGGGGGGGGGAUGAGGGUCGUGAACAUCGUGGGGUUCAGACGAGGGUUCAACUUCCUCAACGAGCUGCUGGCUCUCGCCAAACCGUUUGGCAAAGUGGUCAAACACCUGGUUCUGGACUUAAGACUCGAGGCCUACCUUCAGUUCGACCUGGAGGACGAAGCUCGAGCGAUGGCCAAGUUCUACAACAGCAACGUCACGGCCACGGUGUGCGGUCGGCCCGUCAGGAUCAGUCACUCCAUGACCUACCCCACCAUCCAGUGUGGCACCAGCCGGGUGGUGUACAUCGGGCAGAUCCCCAGCGGGAAGUACCACGACGAGGCCGUCCUGAAGCUGGCCGAGCCGUUCGGGGUCGUCAGGAAGUACUUCCUCAACAGGAUCAAGAGAGAGUGUUUCGUCGAGAUGGAAAACGCAGAGGACGCAGAGAAAAUGGCAGAAGAUUGCAAAGUCAAUCCACCAAAGCUCCAAGGGAAGCGUCUGACGGUUUACGUCAGCAGGAAGUACCGGCAGCUGAAGCACGGACAUCGAUGUCUCAGCACAACGAAGAGAGACAACAGCAGUUUGACCUCAACGUCCUCCAAACAUCCUGAAGAGCCUCCAACCAAGAAAGCCAGGGAGGAGGAGAAGCCAGAGGAAGGAGAGAAAUGGGAGGAGGAAGAAGAGGAGAUGAAGGUGGAGGAGGAGAAGAAGGUGGAGGAGGAGAAGGAGAAGAAGGAGGUGGAGGAGAAGGAGGUGAAGCAGGAUGAGAUGCAGAGCAGUGACGAGACGAAUCCUGAUGUUUCUGAUCCGAAACCCAAGAGUGAGGAAGAAGACGUCCCACAGGACGAGCAGCUGGACCCGACGGAGACGAGGCAGGACAGACACACCGAGCCCCCCCCACCUGCUGAAAACAAACCCAGCGUGGCGUCUCUGCCGCUCCCCCCCCAUGACCCGGACACCCCCAUCGGUGUCGAACACGUGAAAACGGGUUUUUACUGUCGAGUCUGUUUCCUGUUCUACUCCAACGAAGACAUGGCCAAGAAGACGCACUGCAGCAGCCCGGCGCACUACGACAAGCUGCAGAAACAUCUGGAGAAGGAACAAACCAAAGCAGAGAAGAAGAGGGCGAGGAAGACGGCGUCAUGAAAACAGGAAGUUCCUCAUCAGGGAGGAGCUUAACUUUUCACUUUGGUGUCGCUGAGGAAACGCUCGUCAUCGAGGAGCUCGUCCAAUCAGGUGAUCACGAGGAGGAGGAGCCUGACGUGAUGAGCUGCUGCACGCCAACAAAACGUUUCCUCUUCAUCCAGCGUCGGUUUCAAACAUCUGUUUCAAUCAGAGGUUUCAUGUGUUUUGUGCUGGAGGCUUCUGACCCGUUUUCCUUUGAUCUCUCUGGAGUUUUUCUAGAUCCCAAUUCUUUAGUUUUAACCAUCCAGGUUGUACAGUGCACGACAGGAAGAACGAUCACUUAGCAUAAAGCAUGGAGGGGGGGGGCUGUUAGCAUUGCUCCCAAACUUCCUGUAUUCAGAUGCAAUUAUUCACCGGAACUUUUUUUAAUAAGUUAAACAAUAACUAACGUGUGGAUGGAUACGCUGCUGUACUUUAUCAGGAAAUAGUUCCAAGUCAGUUUCACCAUCAACGUUAAAACUUUUUCAAUAUUUAACAAGUCACAGAACAAACUUUGAAUGUCGAAUUUUUGUUUGUUUCUUUAAUAAAAUGUAACAAAGAUUCCUCAAAUUUAACUUGAGUUUUAUUUUCUGUUGAAUCUGAAACAAAAGAAAAACAUGGAUCCUGAAUGCAGCAGCUGUGACAUCAUCACAAUAAACAAUCAACAGAAACUUGUGACGCCUCAGUUUGUUCUGAAACCAAAAGUAAUCAUAUUGUGGGUGGAGUCGGACUGAGAGGACUCGCCCACCUGUACCCAUUGGACGGUACUAACUGUCAAUCAACCCCCCCAACACAUCUGGUGCUUUAUGGUCUGUUUGACUCUAAAUGAUCAUAAUUCACUACAUGAACUUCAGCUGUUUAAAGAAGACUUGAAACUAGAGACUGAGACAGAAACUCCUGAAUGUUACUGACGUUAGAAAGUGAGAAGUAGAGCCACUUUCUAUAGAAACUACCAGUGGAGUCGCCCCCUGCUGGUCACUACACAGAAGACAGGUUUCCAAUGAUCAAACAGUCAUUGAUAUUAGAACAAGAAAUGUUAUGUCAAAGUAUUUUAUUUAAUGUCCUGUUUCAAAUGUUGAAGUUUUGUUUUUUAUGUCGUAACAUUAAAAUGUCACGUGUGAUUUAUAUUGAUGAUGACACUUAAAAAAUAAACAGUCACAACAAAGCAAAUUAAAAUAAACAAA